CAAAAGGUGGCAACCUUGGAUCGUUAUCAAAUAAUAAAAUAACAGCUGUUUGUGAGGCUGCAACUGCACGUAACAUUUAAAAACUAAAAUUGCAUUGGAAAUGCUAAUUUUAAGAAGAAGCUCGCCAUUUAGGCAGAUUCUAAGACGCUGUCACAAAGAAGCAAUCGAAAAGAGUUCAAAUGGAAAGGGCAACUUGACCGCCUUCUUUGGCAAGUGGCCGGAAGGAGAGCAAAAGGAUUUCCAGCAGCACAUGCGCAUCAUUACAGACUUUAUCAGUGAGGCUGAGGAACGUCAACUCCAUGAGGAAAUCGAACCCUAUAUGAGCCGUUUGCGCUACGAAUUCGAUCACUGGGAUGAUGCAAUUCAUGGUUUUCGAGAGACAGAGCGCAAAAAGUGGUUUCCUCAAAAUCGUGAAGUUCUGGAACGAGUGCGUCAGGUAGCCUUCGACGGAGCUAUAAUGCCAUAUGUCCAUAUUCUAGACCUAGCACCCGAUGGAGUCAUUAAGCCUCAUGUGGACAGUACACGAUAUUGUGGCACCACCAUAUCGGGAAUAAGUCUGCUCAGUGAUAGUGUAAUGCGACUAGUGCGCACGGACGCCCAACGCUACCAGCAGCAGCAACCAACGGCGGGUAAUGCAAGCACAUCGGAGUCCAAGGGGACAGAUGUUGAUGCCACAGAUGAUGCUGCUUACCGUCAUAGACCGGAGGCGUCGCUGGAAAACAACUUUUACGCAGAUCUGAUGCUACCCCGUCGCUCCUUGUACAUAAUGAGCCACACGGCUCGCUACAAUUUCACGCACGAGAUCCUGGCCAAAGAGCACUCCUCCUUCCAGGGCACACCCGUUCCAAAGACACGUCGCAUUUCCAUCAUUUGUCGCAACGAACCCUAG